CGAUUUGAAAAGCUGAAUCCAAUUUCAGCGGUUGUCUGUGUUUGGAUCAACAUGUAGCAAACAGAAAUUAAGGAAACAGGUGUAUGAAAACUGAGGCCGGAGACUUAGCCCAAGAAAACACCAUAGUCUCUGCGUUUGCCCAGUUUUUAUCGAGAAAAAUCAUCACCUAUUUUGUUCUGUCCUGGGGCCAAAGCUUGUACAAGAUAUGAGGAAUGUGGAGUACACACCAGUGUCAAAGGUUUAUCCAGUCUACUGCAAAGACCAGCAUACUUAUGACUGCUGUGACAGUGGCUACUCGGGUUUAUUCCAAAGUCCACAAAACAUCAGUGAAGUUGACCUACAGUCUUUGUCACCUGUUGAGUUUAAUGAGACCCCUAAAGAAAAUGUUCGCCUCACUGUCACAUCCAAAGAGAGGAACAAGCAAACCCAGCAGCCACCACCAAUUAGCUGGUGUGAAACUCCUAGACUAUAUAAAAGAGAUGCCUCUCUGAGACAUAGACUUCUAACAUGCAAACCCAGCACAGAUGUUGACAACACAAGGUUGACAUGUAUGAAAACGACUGAAACCUCAAUCAGCGCCAGGUCUAAACAAUUAUUCAGUGGAUCAUUUGACUCUCUGGACGCAGUGACUGUGGCUUUUGCAUCAAGCACUUUAAGACUAGAUCAAGACCUGCCACUAUCCAGCAGGAAACGUCGAUUCCUUUACUCAAACAUUAGAACUUCCACUCUUGUAGAUGGUAAAUCCAGCACUGGUAAGAAUGCACCAACUUUUGAGAGGGAGGUUUUACUCUCAGAAGCAGAUUUCAGACAAAGCAAUUCUACCUCUGAUCAAACCACUAUUGAGACUCCACAGUCGUCCAAGGAAUACCUUCAAUCGCCUGACCAGCACAUGUCAAGUGGCUUUAAUGAUGUCUUUUCUACACCAUCUACUACACAAACACCUAAAUGUGUGAGGUCUGUCUCUGAAGACAGUGGAUUUGGUUCCCUGACCCUAGAUAAAUCCCAAGACUCCUCAGUAGACCAUGAUGGCUCAUUUCAGGAUCUGCUGUUUUCUGCGUCAAAAACUAACUGUGAAACCCCCAGUAUUGCAGACCAAAAGCGUCGGCCCCGUUUGCAGCGUCAGCAUAGACUUUCUACACUCAAAGAAGGAGGUUCACAGUCUGAGGAAGAGCCUACAAACAGGAAUAUUGCACAUUUUCAUCAGAGCUUCUCUAAAGAUGUCCUGGCUGAGGGUGCUACGCCUUGCCAAGUCCUCUCGGUAAAAUGUAGAAAUGGAAGGACCCCAGAUGGUUUGAUCCAUGCAAAACAAGGUUAUGCCACACCACUCAGUGCCAAACCAGGACACACCACGCCUGUGAGUUCAGUAUCUCCAACUAAUGGAAACACAACCCCUCUGAAAACAACCCCAGUCGAUCUCUCGCUGACACCAGCCCUGCAGCUGGUUCAUGCCAUGUUUCAGCAGAAGGCGCAGGUGUUUUCUGGACAGAGUCCAAGUCUCAGUGAGCAGCUGAAGUAUGCAACAGCACUGGCUGAGACCCCAGUAUUGCUAAGGACCACCAUGCCAUUGGCUGGACUGAUUGGCAGGAAGAUGGGUCUGGGGAGGAUAGACAUACUUAAAGAGUUGAAGAAGAGAAACCUCAGACACAUCCUGGCUGUCAUACUUGGUUACCUAACACCUGAGAGCAUCUACAACUGCGGUCUGGUGUCCAAAAAUUGGAAUGAAAUCAUAAUGCAGGACAGAGAAGCUGCGACAAGAAGAAGAAGCUACCUGUGUGAAAUGAAAGCAUCUCAUGAGCUCAGUGAUACCCCCCAUGUCCCUGAUGCAGAAACCAGGCUAACACUGCUCAGAAGGUCAGCACUCAAGGUGGUUCAGAACCAGUCCAGAAACUCCAGUUUCUGCACACCACUGUCAGGAGGUAUCGGAUCCGCACAACUUCAGCACAGCACGUCACGUUCGGGGAGCAACAGCAAGCGUGAGAAAUUUGUAGAAAUAGCCAAAACACUCUUUAUCGAUGAGUGUCUCAAGCCUUGUCCUCGAUGUGAACAUCCUGCGAGAUGCCACUCAGUGAAAGGUGAAGGCGUGUGCACCAGAAAGGACUGUGGUUUCCAGUUUUGCACAUCCUGCUUGUGUGGUUUUCACGGCUCCAGAGAGUGUACAAGUCGGUUUGGGAGUCGUCGCAAAAGUGACAUAAUUCUUCCAGGAAGUGCUCAAAGCCGGCGAAAUGUGAAGAGGUUAUGAAAACAACUUGCACUUGAUUAGUUCUUACCAUGUUAGUCUAAAGUUUUUAAUUUUUGUUUUUUUUUCUUCAGUCUGAUGCUUGGCAAUGAGGAAACGUUUAGUACAAAAUUUGUCUUGUGAUCUUUUUCUUUUUUUUGUCUUUGUACCUGUCGUUUUACUGUUACAACUUUUUUUCAACCCAAACCUUUUUUUUUCUAUGUUUUUAAAUAUGAAAUUGAGAAAAUUCAUCCUGCAACCAAUAACAAAUUUGCUGCUUGGAUAAUUUCUCAUUCACUGAAACGUGGAGAAUUUUUUUGAAACUCCAGAGAUUUUCAAAUUUUACUAAAGUCUUUUGAUAUGAAUUUUAAAAUAAAUUUCUUGAUUAUUAUAUAUUUUAUCCAUCUCUCAGUUGUCAUUGUGGUAUGUUUUAAAAUUUACAGAAUUAUUGGCUUUUGGCGCCAUCUAGUGGCUUGAUUCUAACUCUUUAAUAACACAAUACGUUUCAUGCCAUAUUGUUACAAGUUAAGUUUCUUGGAACUUAAAGACAAAAGAUAUAGAGCUGCCUAAAAUAUAAAAUUAGGGUCGCGUUUGACACUAAACAACUACACGUCUUUUUGUUUUUCUGUCCUCUAGUUAAACUUUUACCGCCCCCUGUGUUUUGAAAAUGAGUCCACUUCCAUAGCAACCUGCACUGUGUCUGUAAUUACACUGAAAGCUUCUCAGUCAGUGUCACCACUUCAACUGAGUCACUGGGCCCUGAGUAUCACUUUUGUUCACUGUGGAGUAGUUUCCAAAGGACCUUUCCCAGGGAGGCUUUGGCCUAAUAAGACAGAGCUGAAUAUUUCUGUCUAAAAGUGCUUUAAGUUGAAGAAUGCAAGGAUAUCCC